UCGAAUGUUAUUUCAUGCUGUUAGCAAUGGCUUUAACGCUAUGGAGUAGCAUCUUUCUAAUAAUCAAAGUAGGAUAUUGUUAUGUAAAUCUAAGCAGAAAAAAAGGAACAGUAGCUUCUCAAAGCUCCACACACGAGGGGGCAUUUCUAGCGAGUAGAUCCAUUGACGGAAAUAAAGGCCAGACAUACAGAGAGUGUUCACACACAGCUCUAGGACACUCCAUAGCGUGGUUCCAAGUCGACCUUGGAGGCGAAUAUAGUUUGGAAUCUGUGAAAAUAUACUACAGAAAUGAUGCUAAUUGGUGUCCAUAUCGAUUUCGUCAGUUCUACUUAGAUGUAUCAAACGGAUCGGCGGGCUCCACUACAACCUUAACGUCACAGAGAAAACGCUGUUACAAGGACAACACAACCGCCCUGGCCACGCCUCCAUCCGUGAUUGAUAUUUCUUGUAAAGAAACAGCGAGAUACGUCAUCGUGGAGACCACGUACAACGCCCAGGAAGCUAUAUAUCUUAACCUGAGUGGGCCUGUGCUGGAGAUUUGUGAGAUAGAAGUUUAUGGCUGCAGUGUAGGGAGAUAUGGAGAAUCAUGUUCACGUUGUCAUGGUUGUUCAACAUGUGACAUCAUUAGUGGGGCGUGUCAGUGUGGCGUAUCUUUCUUUGGACCCAAUUGCUCAAAUGCAUGUAGCGUAUAUUGUAAAGGGAACCUGUGUAAUAAUGUAACUGGUUCAUGCACUAAUGGUUGCGAAAUAGGAUAUUACAAAGAUAAAUGUAAGUGGACAUGCAACCCAGGCUGUAAAAACGGAUGUAACAGGAAUUCUGGGAGUUGUGAUAAUGGCUGUAUCGAUGGAAAAUAUGGAAUCGAAUGUUACGAUGUUUGCAGCGUUGGUUGUAUUUCAAACUGUGAGCGCAUGACAGGGACUUGUAUGUGUAAAAAGGGAUGGCAAGGAGAAAAAUGUAGAGAAUGCAGUCCAACGUUCUACGGCCCGUCCUGUGAGGAGGAGUGUAGUCCUCAUUGUUAUAACGGGACGUGUUACGUAAACAAUGGGUCCUGUAUUGACGGGUGUACUAGAGACUAUACGGGCGACAAAUGUACACAAGGUCUAUAUGAGACUUCACCAGAAGACCACGGAACCGCCAUUGGUGCCGCAGUAGGAGCAAGCAUCUUUGUUGUAAUUGCAGUAGUUGUCGGAGUCGUUACACUCAGACUGAGAAGAAAAAGAGAUGACAGUUCCAAAGCACAAAAAGAUGAAAGAAAAGAAAGCAGAAUUAAGUAUGAAAAAGAAACCACAUAUGUAAAUCGUCAAGACCAUUCACUUCCGGGUAAAGACCAUUCACUUCCGGAUUCACAUGUGCAUUUAGGAAAAAGACCAGCAAACCUAAAGACACAGGAAAUUGGAUUAUAUGAAAUUAUGGACAGUGGCAAUGGAGAAAACAAAACAUACGAGAAUGACGUAAUUGCAAAAACUGUUGCUCCAGUCACAAAUACCAGCAAUGAUGCAUCAGAAGAAAAUGGAAAUGUGUAUCUGGUAAUCAAUGAAAGCCAACUAAACAGUUCUCAUUAUGAUGAACUUCAUGUCCAGAAUUAAAUUGUUACGUCACCAGAGCCGAAUGUUCAAUUUAGCUUUUCUGAUAAAAAUCUGUCCGUUGUCUGUAGUUGGCGUCAUCGUUGUAAACUUUUCACAUCUUCAUCUUCUCCAGAACCACUGGGUCAUUUUUUUUCAAUCAAACUUGGUACAGAUUUUCCUUAGGUAAAGGAUAUUCAGGUUUCUUCAAAUAAAGGGCGAUGUCCCCUUCAAAGGGGGGGGGUGUAAUCACGAAAAUGCAAAAAUACAUGAAGGUUUCCUGACAAAGUGCAGAUUUAAGUUUGUUGAAAUCAUAUCCCGGGGAUUUGGGUGGGGCCAUUAUAGGAGAUCAAAGUUUUACAUGUGAAUACAUAGGGACAUUUUUUUCUCAAGAACCAAUGGAUCAAAAGACUUCAAAUUUACAUGGAAGCUUUUUGCCAUAGGAUAAAUUCAGGUUUGUUAAAACCAUAGCCCCCGAGAGUGAGGUGGGGCCGCAAUAGGCUAUCAUGGUUUUACAUUUAAGUAUACUGAAGAAAUAUUUUAUAAUCUCCUCUCAAGAACCACAGGGGGAGAAAAAAAAUCAAGUUUACAUGAUUGAUUGUUUAAUGUUUUCCACCACACUCAACAAUUUUUAGCUCACCUCAACCGAAGGUUCAAGUGAGCUUUUCUGAUCACAUUUUGUCCGGCGUCCGUCUGUCUGUCUGUCCGUCUGUUUGUCUGUCCGUUUGUCUGUAAACUUUUCACAUUUUCAUCUUCUCAUGAACCACUGGGCCAAUUUUAACCAAACAUGACCAAAAGCAUUCUUGGGUGAAAGGCUUUCAAGUUUGUUCAAAUGAAGGGCCAUGUCCCUUUCAAAGGGGAGAUACUCACAAAAAUGCAAAAAUAGGGUGGGGUCAUUUAAAAAUCUUCUUCUCAAGAACCACUGGGCCAGAAGAGCUGAAAUUUACCUGAACGCUUCCUGACAUAUUGCAGAUUUAAGUUUGUUCAAAUCAUGGCCCCCAGUGGUAGGAUGGGCCCACAAGGGGGGAUCAAAGUUUUACAUAUAAAAUAUAUAGGGAAAAACUAUAAAAAUCUUCUUCUCAAGAACCACUAAGCCAGAAAAGCUGAGAUUUACAUGAAAGCUUCCUGACAUAAUGCAGAUUCAAGUUUGUUCAAAUCAUGGGCCCCGGGGGUUGGAUGGGGCCACAAUAGGGGAUCAAAGUUUUACAUACAAAUAUAUAGGAAAAAUCUUUAAAAAUCUUCUUCUCGAGAACCACUGAGCCAGAAAAGCUGAUUUUUACAUGAAAACUUUUUGACAUAGUGCAGAUUCAAGUUUGUUAAAAUCAUGACCCCGAUGAUAAGAUGGGGCCCCAAGGGGGGAUCAAAGUUUUACACACAAAUAUAUAGGGAAAAAGUUUAAAAAUCAUCUUCUCAAGAACCACUGAGACACAAGAGCUGAAAUUUACCCGAAAGCUUCCUGACAUAUUGCAGAUUCAAGUUUGUUCAAAUCAUGGCACCCGGUGGUAGGAUGGGGCCACAAGGGGGGAUCAAAGUUAUACAUACAAAUAUAUAGGGAAAAAGUUUAAAAAUCUUCUUCUCAAGAACCACUUAGUCAGAAAAGCCGAUUUUUACAUGAAAGCUUCCUGACAUAAUUCAGAUUCAAGUUUGUUCAAAUCAUGGGCCCCUGGGGUUGGAUGGGGCCACAAUAGGGGUCAAAGUUUUACAUACAAAUACAUAGGGAAAAUCUUUAAAAAUCUUCUUCUCAAGAACCACUGAGCCAGAAAAGCUGAUUUUUACAUGAAAACUUUCUGACAUAGUGCAGAUUCAAGUUUGUUCAAAUCAUGGCCCCCGGGGAUAACAUGGGGCCCCAAGGGGGGAUUAAAGUUUUACACGCAAAUAUAUAGGUAAAAGGUUUAAAAAUCUUCUUUUCAAGAACCACUAAGCCAGAAAAGUUGAGAUUUACAUGAAAGUUUCCUGACAUAAUGCAGAUUCAAGUUUGUUCAAAUCAUGGGCCCCUGGGGUUGGAUGGGGCCACAAUAGGGGAUCAAAGUUUUACAUACAAAUAUAUAGGAAAAAUCUUUAAAAAUAUUCUUCUCAGGAACCACUGAGCCAGAAAAGCUGAUUUUUACAUGAACACUUUCUGACAUAGUGCAGAUUCAAUUUUGUUCAAAUCAUGGUCCCCGGGGGUAGGAUGGGGCCACAAGGGGGGAUCAAAGUUUUACAUACAAAUAUAUAGGAAAAAUCUUUAAAAAUCUUCUUCUCGAGAACCACUGAGCCAGAAAAGCUGAUUUUAAAAUGAAAACUUUCUGACAUAGUGCAGAUUCAAGUUUGUUCAAAUCAUGACCCCGAUGAUAAGAUGGGGCCCCAAGGGGGGGUCAAAGUUUUACACACAAAUAUAUAGUGAAAAAGUUUAAAAAAUCUUCUUCUCAAGAACCACUUAGUCAGAAAAGCCGAUUUUUACAUGAAAGCUUCCUGGCAUAAUUCAGAUUCAAGUUUGUUCAAAUCAUGGGCCCCUGGGGUUGGAUGGGGCCACAAUAGGGGAUCAAAGUUUUAUAUACAAAUAUAUAGGGAAAAUCUUUAAAAUCUUCUCAAGAACCACUGAGCCAGAAAAGCUGAUUUUUACAUGAAAACUUUCUGACAUAGUGCAGAUUCAAGUUUGUUCAAAUCAUGGCCCCCGGGGAUAACAUGGGGCCCCAAGGGGGAUUAAAGUUUUACACGCAAAUAUAUAGGUAAAAGGUUUUAAAAUCUUCUUCUCAAGAACCACUAAGCCAGAAAAGCUGAGAUUUACAUGAAAGUUUCCUGACAUAAUGCAGAUUCAAGUUUGUUCAAAUCAUGGGCCCCGGGAGUUGGAUGGGGCCACAAUAGGGGAUCAAAGUUUUAUAUACAAAUAUAUAGGAAAAAUCUUUAAAAAUAUUCUUCUCAAGAACCACUGAGCCAGAAAAGCUGAUUUUUACAUGAAGACUUUCUGACAUAGUGCAGAUUCAAGUUUUUUCAAAUCAUGGUCCCCGGGGGUAGGAUGGGGGCCACAAGGGGGGAUCAAAGUUUUAGAUACAAAUAUAUAGGGAAAAACUUUAAAAAUAUUUUUCUCAAGAACCACUAAGCCAGAAAAGCUGAGAUUUACAUGAAAGCUUCCUGACAUAAUUCAGAUUCAAGUUUGUUCAAAUCAUGGGCCCCGGGGGUUGGAUGGGGCUACAAUAGGGGAUCAAAGUUUUACAUACAAAUAUAUAGGAAAAAUCUUUAAAAACAUUCUUCUCAAGAACCACUGAGCCAGAAAAGCUGAUUUUUACAUGAAAACUUUCUGACAUAGUGCAGAUUCAAGUUUUUUCAAAUCAUGGUCCCCGGGGGUAGGAUGGGGGCCACAAGGGGGGAUCAAAGUUUUAGAUACAAAUAUAUAGGGAAAAACUUUAAAAAUAUUUUUCUCAAGAACCACUAAGCCAGAAAAGCUUAGAUUUACAUGAAAGCUUCCUGACAUAAUUCAGAUUCAAGUUUGUUCAAAUCAUGGGCUCCGGGGGUUGGAUGUGGCCACAAUAGGGGAUCAAAGUUUUACAUACAAAUAUAUAGGAAAAAUCUUUCUCUCAAUAACCACUGAGUCAGAAAAGCUUAUAUUUACAAGAAAACUUUCUGACAUAGUGCAGAUUCAAAAUUGUUCAAAUGAUGGCCCCCGGGUUUUAGGAUGGGGCCACAAGUGGGGGGUCAAAAUUUUACAUUCAAAUAUAUAGGAAAAAUAUUUUUCUCAAUAACCAAUGAGUCAGAAAAGCUUAUAUUUACAAGAAAACUUUCUGACAUAGUGCAGAUUCAAAAUUGCUCAAAUCAUGGACCCCGGGGGGAGUAGGAUGGGGCCACAAGAGGGGGCAAAGUUUUACAUACAAAUAUAGAAAACAGCUUUUAAAAUCUUCUUCUCAAGAACCAUUGGGCCAGAGAAGUUGACAUUUACAUGAAGGAUUUCUGACAUAGUGUUGAUGCAAGUUUGCAAAGGGUAGUUUGGGCCAUAAUAGGGACUAAGAUUUUACAUGCAAAUAUAUAUGGAAAGUCUUCAGAUAUGGGCCAAGGUGACUCAGGUGAGCGAUGUGGCCCAUGGGCCUCUUGUUCAGUUAUCUGGUGGUGUCCAGUUUUUAUUGGUGGAAGAGAGAACCCAUAUAUAAUGUACUUGGGAAGAAACCACCGACCUUCCGAAAGUAAACUGGGAAACUUUCGCACUUACCGGCGCGAGCGGGAUUCGAACCCGCGCCGACAGUGGUGAGCGCGAUGCUCUAACCACUCAGCCACGGAGGCCCCCUAAGUUUACAAGAAAGCUUCUUGAUUUACAGUAGUGUAAAUUCAAGUUUAUUAAAAUUAUGGCUCCUGGGAGUAGGGUGGGGCCACAAUAGAGAAUAAAAGGGUUAUAUGCUAACAUAUAGGAAACCUCUUUUUAAAUAUCCCUUGAAUUAUUUAAGUUAGGGCUGUAUUAUUCUGUAUAUGUAUUCUUUACAGAAAAAUGUGAUGCAGUGGUGUAUGAUCUUGUGACAUUGACCUGGAAGUUUGUCCUUUUUAAAAUAAACACCUGGUCUAUUCAAUAUGCCCUGAACGAUUAAAGAAGAUAUUUCAUAUCUUGUAUCUUUAUUUCUUAUGACAAGACCUUUUAAUUCAUGUAAAGACCUUUUUACCUUGAACUCGGGAAAAAAAACUCACCUAUUCAUUACUAUUAUAUAUUUCAAAACCUUUCAUUUUAUACUAUGACCUUUGGCCUUAUGACGUAGUCUGAUAAAUAUCUUUGUCCCAAUUAUUUAUCCGGCUACGUCAUAAGGUCAUAGUAUAAAAUGAAAGGUUUUUGAAAUAAAUAUGAUCCUAUCAAGGUAGGGCUUUCAUUUUUGUAUAUAGAUUUUUGAUGACAAGACCUUAUGAUACAAUUGUUUUUGAUUUUGUGACCUUGACCUACUUCUUAAAAAUCUGCCCUAAUCAAUAUCUCCUGAACUAUCUAUAGUAAAGCUUUUAUAUUUUGUAUAUAUAGUUUUAUGGCAAAAACUUAUACUUUGGUGUUUAACCUUGUGAACUUAACCUCGAUGUUUGACCUACUUCUGAUAAAAAUCUGUUUUAUUCAGUAUCUCGUGAACUAUUUAAGAUAAAAUUUUGUAUUUUGUAUACACAUAUAGAUUUAUUAUGGCAAAAUCUUUCAUAUCAUAACAGGACCUAUAACUUUGUACCUUGAUCUUAUCCAGAACAGCAAGGUUAUGUUAAUCAUAAUCGUGUUGAGGCAUCGAUCUUUGUGUUAAUUUAUUUUUAGUUAGUUUGUGAUCCUUUAGGGCUAGGUUGGAACAACAAUGUAGGCUCAAAACUUUUUGCUACCUUUCUUCAGUUUACCAGCUCCAUGUAUCAAAUUUUUUAUUUUAUUUGUUUUUUAUUUGUAUUAUUUUUGUUAUUAACCAUCUAAACACAGGUACAAAUAUGCGUAACAAAAUAAUAUAGGGAUAUAAAUAUUUUAAGAGAGAGAGAGAGAGAGAGAGAGAGAGAGAGAGAGAGAGAGUAAUGGAAUGAUUACGUAAAGCUUGUAAAUAGGAUAUUGCAAACUUAAUGCUCAAUGAUUUCUCAGUACAUCUUGUUGUACAAAUUUAGUACUUCAACUAAAGGAAAAGAGUAUUUCGUAUAUGCAUAUAAUAUAUUUUUGGUACAAAUAGUUAAGAAUCUAUUUUAUUUUCUAAGUGAAGUUGAAACUCAUGAACAUCAUCACAUGUCCACAGCAUAUAUUCUAUUGUUUAUCCUAUCUGUGACAAAAACUACACAUCUUAGAAUUUACAUGUUUUUAAUUUUGGAUAGAAACGAGUUUGUUCUGUUAAUUAUUCUGUAUUGAAACCAUUAGUGUUUGCAGUUUUUAUCUAUUUCCACAGGUAAUUUCUGGAUAUUUUCCAUUCUCUGUUAUUUACUGUAUACAGGGUAAUAUUCGCCCCCGUUUUAUUUUCGUCCGUUUCGCCCACGUUGUCACUGGGCAAAUUUAAGCGUUGGCGAAACUGUUUUCUCUCUUAUCUCUUUUAACACAACUAUGUCUGGGCGAAUUUAAAAUGGGGCGAAACUAUCUGCACGUGUAGAAAGGCGAAAAUAACACGGGGCGAAAAUAACCCUAAAUACAGUAUAUCUAACAGCUCACUCCAUCGUAUUGUAUUUGUUGUCACUGAAGAUUUCUUGUUUAAAAGAUGCAAACGAAGUUUGAUUUUAUUUCUUUUUUUUCCUUUUUGACAUUUUAUUACUUUGUAUAUUUUUCUUUAAUAAAUGGAUUUGGUAAACUGUCA